AUGAAGGACGCGUUUCGUUUCCGUAGCGUACGGGAUUCGGCGCAAUUUUCGCCCGGGGAGUCGAUGGCAGUCGGUGCCGCGAUCUUGCCUUCGGUGUAUCGUUGCAUAUACCUGUCUAUAUGUAUAUAUAAAUGUGUGUAUGUGAUGCUGCGGUGUGCGGAAGUACGCAGUGAACGAAUGAAUGAAAGGAAGUUUUGCUUUGCGCAUUGUUUGACCACCAUCGCUCGUUCGGCCGCCCGACCGGCGGUGUCGGUCGGUGACUCAUGUUUAAGUUGGAAGUUUCGUUUCAUGCCGCAGGCAGACGAACAAGCCGGGUUUGCGACCGUCAAGGAAGAGGAGGAGGAGGUGAUGGUAAUGGUGAUAGUAAUGAGCGUUGUUUUGUUUCGGUUAUUAUCACGCGUCGCCAUGUCCUUGUUCUUUGCCUGCUGUCGCCCGAGCCUCUCCAGUAGCUACGAGCAAGCAACAAUGUCGGAUGUACCGACAUAUUCGGGCGAAGAUCUUAAGUAUUUGGUAGCCGAACGCAGCAACGACCCGUCAUACCAGGCAGCAUGGACCAUGAAGCGUUUGGUAUGGGUUCCGGAUGAGACGCUGGGCUUCGUGGCGGCCAGCAUCCGUGAGGAGCACGCUGACGAGCUGACCGUCGAGCUACUGGACACCGGCAGGAUCCAGAAGGUGAGCAAGGAUGAUAUCCAGAAGAUGAACCCGCCCAAGUUCGACAAGGUCGAGGACAUGGCUGAACUGACGUGCCUGAACGAGGCGUCGGUGCUUCACAACCUCCGCGAACGUUACUACUCCGGUCUGAUUUAUGUAAGCGGAUUUUGCACAUUUUUAAAAUCAUGUUUGUUUUUGUCAAUUUUAUAUGGCGUAUUGUAUAUUUUUUACUUUUGUUCGUUCGUUCGCUUCCGCCGUUCUUUUGAAUCUUCGUUUUCUUGUUCGAUCGCUACCCUGGUAGAUUUCCUGUUUUUACCUUUCGCCCGACCCGUCCAUUUAACCUUGACAUUUGUCGUGCGCUGUCGUCAUGCGUACGGACCAAACGUGACCAUCGGUCGGUUGGCCGAUAGGUCGAUCGAUCGAAUGCCACACAGCGCCAACCUGACCAAUCUUAGUAAUAAUAUUAACGAUCAUCAUGCGAUGAAAAUUAUAGAUGACGUAUACUUCGUCGUUGUUGUCGUCGUCGUCGUAGUCGGGUCACGAACGACGCUCGUCGGAAUCUUAGGUCGCCGUGCGUCUGACGAUCGCUGGAUUCUAUCCGACAGGUGGAACAGGUUUUAG